AUGGCUAGUCGACGCCAAAAGCAGUUCGAUCGGAAAUAUAGCUCCUAUCGAAAAUUCACUGCCACUGAAGAUUUCAACUACAGUACCCACUCAUCUCGAUCAUCUUACCGUUCUGAAUCAGUGACUUCAAGAACCGAUGGACGCGGGCGGUCCACGUCUUCUGAAAUCAUUGCCGGAUCAGAAUCUCGAUCAUAUCCAGUCUAUAUUGCUAUCCAAGACUAUACUCCCGACAAAGAGGAUGUUGAAGCGAUUCCAUUGGAGCAAGGUCAAAUUGUGGAGGUUCUAGACAAGAAAAACUCCAUUCGAUGGUUGGUUCGAACAAAGGCUCGUCCUCCUCGUUCUGGAUGGGUUCCGGGAUCAUACUUUGAAACUCCAACUGAGUUUUACAAGCAAAGAAGAAGAACGAGAGAAAUCGAGAACGUCAGUCUGUCUGACGAACAGGCGGCUCUUGUCAAAAGAGAUCAAGUCUACCAUGAACUUCUUCGAUCAGAGGAAGAAUUCGUAUCAUCUCUGAGAACCUGCGUUGACGAUUACAUCAAAGUUCUCGAUGAUCCUGGAGUACCAGAAGCAGUCAAAAAACAUCGUGAAGAGCUCGCUCUGAAUAUUCCAGAGCUCUACAAUUUUCACGCAAAUGUUAUGCUAAAAGGCCUCAAUUACUAUUCUGACGAUCCGGGCAAAGUCGGUCAGACAUUUGUACGCCUUGAGAAAGAUUUUGAGAGUCAUGUGGAGUUUUACAAACAGUACGCAGAUACUCUGAAACUUCUUGAAGAACCAGAAAUAAAACGUUUCUUUGAGGGACUCUCUGCAAAAAAUGAUGCUGGAGCAUCCUCGUUCGUCGAUCAUGUCAAAGAAAUUGCCGAUAGAAUGGUCCAGUAUCAAAACUAUUUCAAAGAAUUUGUCAAGUACUCUGCAAGAGCUCACGGUUCAUCAAAAAGUAUUCAGAAAGCUUUGGAAUUGGUCACUACUAUUCCACAAAGAGUGAUUGAUUUGGAAUUCACAAGCAAUUUGAAGCAACAUCCAGGAGACACUGGAAAACUAGGAAGAAUCAUCAGACAUGACGCUUUCCAAGUUUGGGAAGGCGACGAGGCCCCUAAACUCCGCUACGUCUUCUUGUUCCGAAACAAAAUAAUGUUCACAGAGCAAGAUGCGUCCACUUCUCCACCGAGUUAUACUCAUUAUUCAUCUAUCCGAUUGGAUAAAUACAAUAUCAGGCAACAUUCAACUGAUGAGGAUACUAUUGUACUGCAACCACAAGAACCAGGACUCCCGAGUUUCAGAAUAAAACCAAAAGAUUUUGAAACUGCGGAGUAUGUAAGAAAAGCAUGGCUGAAGGAUAUUGCAGAAGAACAAGGGAAGUAUGCUGCGGAACGAGAUGCAAUCUCGAUGACUGCAACAUCCGAAAUGACCGCAUCAUCGGUUGAUUUUGAUAUGAAUGUGUCCGACCAACAGUCCGAAUUCUCGGAAUGGUCGGGCUCUCGAAAGAGCAGCUUGUUCCCUGGUCCAGAAGAAGGUGGUCCACCACGGAAAAAGGUGAAGUCACCUCCGGUGAUUUCUCCAACAGGAUCUUCCACCAGUAUCUAUUCCGGAGGAAGUAGCAGUAUUGAUUGGACAACCACCGGAACGACUCUUGAAAUGCAAGGAACUCGUGUCACAAGAACACAAUACGGAUUCCGAACUCUUCAAGAAUCUUCUGCGAAAAUGUGUCUGAAAGUGACUGGAUAUCCACUUCCAGAUAUCACAUGGUACAAAGACGAUGUUCAACUUCACGAAGACAGACACACAUUCUAUUCUGAUGAGGAUGGUUUCUUUGCGAUGACUAUUGAUCCAGUUCAAGUCACUGAUACGGGUCGAUAUACUUGUAUGGCCACGAACGAGUACGGACAAGCAUCCACUUCAGCGUUCUUCCGAGUUCUGAAAGUUGAAAAAGAGGCGGCUCCACCAGCAUUCGUUACAAAACUGAAAGACAAAGAAUGCAAGGAAGGUGAUGUUAUUGAUUUCGAAUGUGAAGUUGAAGGAUGGCCAGAACCAGAACUUGUAUGGCUUGUCGAUGAUCAACCACUCCGACCGUCUCACGACUUCCGAUUGCAAUAUGAUGGACAGACAGCAAAACUGGAGAUUCGUGAUGCUCAACCAGAUGAUACUGGAGUGUACACUGUUAAGAUUCAAAAUGAAUUCGGAUCGAUUGAAAGCAAAGCCGAACUAUUCGUGCAAGCCGAUCCAGACAAGAAUCAUGUGGCUCCAGAAUUCCAAGCGAUGAUUGAAGAUGUGGAAUGUGAUGAAGGAGAAGAAGUGAGAUUCAAAUCAGUGAUAACUGGAGAUCCAAAUCCAGAAAUCACAUGGUUCAUCAACGGAAAACCACUCAGCGAAUCGGAAAAAGUCAAAUUCAUUUCUGAAGAUGGAAUUUGCAUUUUGACGAUUAAGGAUGUAACGAGACAUUUCGAUGGAAUGGUCACAUGUCAAGGAUCUAACCGAUUGGGAUCUGCGUCUUGUGAUGGAAGACUGAAAGUCAGAGUGCCUCCAGCACCACCAACUUUCAACAAACCACUCGAAGAUAAAACUGUUCAAGAAAAGAGUACAGUUGUCUUUGAAGUCGAUGUUAGUGGCUGGCCAGAACCAACUGUAAAAUUCACUCUUUGUGGAAAAGAAUUGAAACACGGUGAAGAAAGCGUUGAAAUCGUAGGGCACGACGGUUUCUAUCGUAUUUCUAUCCCGAAUACUUCGAUCGAAAAACACGAUGGAGAGAUUGUGGCGAAAGCUCAAAACGAACAUGGAACAGCGGAAAGCAGGGCACGGCUUACCGUUGAACAAGAAGAAGAGGAAUCACGCAGUGCGCCGACGUUCCUUAAGGAUAUUGAAGAUCAGACCGUAAAAACCGGCGAAUUCGCCGUCUUUGAGACCACCGUUCGCGGAAAUCCGAACCCGGAGGUCACUUGGUUCAUCAACGGGCACAAGAUGGAUCAAGGAAGUCCGGGCGUCAAGAUCGAGGCGCACAAUCACGAUCACAAACUGACGAUCGACUCAGCACAGUACGCGGGCACUGUACUUUGCAGAGCUGAGAAUGCAGUAGGACGAUUCGAAACGAAAGCUCGACUUAUCGUGUUGGCACCAGAAAAACAAAAGAAACCACCGAAAUUCGUCGAAAUUCUUGUCGACAAAAUCGAAACAGUCGACAAUACAGUCGUUUUUGAAGUUCGUGUUGAGGGAGAACCAAAACCAACUGUGACGUGGUAUCUAAAAGGAGAAGAAUUGAAACAAUCGGAUCGUGUUGAAAUCAGAGAAUUCGAUGGAUCCAUCAAGCUUCAAAUCAAAAAUAUCAAGAUUGAGGAGGCCGGAGAAAUCAAGGCAGUUGCUACGAAUUCGGAAGGAUUCGAUGAGACAAGAGCAACGUUGAAAGUUCAGAAAAAACCAUUCGCUCCUGAAUUCGAUUUGAGGCCAAGGAGUUUGACUGUUGAGAAGGGAUCUGAAGCUGUGUUCACUGCUCACGCAUUCGGAAUUCCACUUCCAACAUAUGAGUGGUCAAUUAAUGGAAGAAAGGUGCGUGAUGGACAGGAAGGGGCGCACGUAACACGUGACGAGAGCACCGUCGACGGCGCAUCGAUCCUGACGAUCGACACGGCGACAUACUAUUCCGAAGUGAACCAUCUAACUAUUUCUGUUGUCGCAGAAAAUACACUCGGAGCCGAAGAGACGGGCGCCCAGCUGACGAUCGAACCAAAGAAGGUUGUUAUCCAACUAACCAAACCAAACAACUCUAGGUACUAUUUAAAUAAAUUAAAGGCAAAAGAAGCUUCUCCGGAAGCAACGACUACAAUCACAAUGGAAACUUCGUUGACUUCAACGAAGACAACGACAAUGUCCACCACCGAAGUGACGUCUACAGUUGGAGGUGUGACUGUCGAGACGAAGGAAUCGGAAUCCGCGACAACUACGGGAAUUAUCGGAGGAGGCUCAACAGAAGGAAGCAUCAGUGUGAGCAAGAUUGAGGUGGUCUCAAAGACGGAAUCACAAACUGACGUUAGAGAAGGAACUCCGAAGAGAAGAGUCUCAUUUGCUGAAGAAGAACCACCAAAAGAAGUAAUUGAUCCUGAGAGAAAGAAAAAGAAGAGUCCGACUCCGGAGAAGAAAGGGAAGUCUCCAGAGAUGACGUCUGAUGAGAAACCAAAGAGCCCGACAACGGAAGAAAAGACACCAGAGAAAGUGGAGGAAAAACCAAAAAGUCCAACCAAGAAGGAAAAAUCACCUGAAAAAUCUACAACCGUCGAGGUGAAAUCACCCACGAAAAAAGAGAAAUCGCCAGAGAAACCAACAUCUCCAACCAAGAAGAAUGCAGAGGAGGCUGUGAAGUCUCCAACUAAAAAGGAGAAAUCUCCAGAAAAGUCAGAGGAAAAAGUGAAGAGUCCAACGAAGAAGGAGAAGAGCCCAGUUAGAAGCGAGGAAGUCAAGUCUCCAACUAAAAAGGAGAAAUCUCCUGAAGCCAAAAAUAUUGUGGAGGUGUCUUCUGAAACGACAAUUAAAAAGACAGAAGCCACGGCGGAAGUGACCAAGACUUCUGAAGAAGCGAAGUCUCCAACUAUGAAAGAAAAGUCACCAGGAAAGGUGGAAGAGAAACCAAAGAGUCCUACAAAGAAGGAGAAGUCACCUGAAAAACCAACAUCUCCAACCAAGAAGACUGAAGAUCAGCCUGGCUCUCCGUUUCCACCAAAGUCUCCCACAAAGAUAGAAGAGAAGCCGUCUUCCCCAACCCAGAAGAAAUCUCCACCUGCAUCUCCAAAGAAGGCCAAGUCACCUGAAAAGUUUGAGGAAGCAGUGAAGUCUCCAACCAAAAAGGAGAAGAGUCCUGAGAAAAUGGCUGACGAAAAACCAACUUCUCCGACCCAGAAGGAUAAACCUCCGGAGCAGGUUGAAAAGAAACCAACUAGCCAAACCAAAAAGGAGAAAUCCCCAGAAAAGUCAACCACUGAAGAGGUGAAAACUCCAAUCAAGAAAGAGAAAUCCCCAGAAAAAUCUGCAACCGAAGAGGUGAAAUCGCCCACGAAAAAAGAGAAAUCGCCAGAAAAACCAACAUCUCCAACCAAGAAGACAGCAGAGGAGGCUGUGAAAUCUCCAACGAAAAAAGAAAAGUCUCCCGAGAAGAUCGAGGAGAAGCCAAAGAGUCCAACGAAGGAGGAGAAAUCGCCUGAAAAAUCAACUGGAGCAGAAGAUGUCAAAUCUCCAAUCAAAAAAGAGAGAUCACCGGAUACUGUAGUGGAAAAAGAAAUCACUUCUUCAGAAACAACGAAGACAGAAAAAUCAUCUACAACGACUACAGAAGUAACAUCUCCAAUAAAGAAAUCUCCACCAGGCUCGCCGACAAAGAAACAGAAGAAGUCGAAAUCUCCAGAAGCCGAGAAGGUAAUGUUUGGUAGGAUUGUGAGAGACCGAUUUUUAAAAAAAAAACUUGAAGAUUUUUGUGAAGAAAGUGUGUGUGUGUGUGUGUGUGUGAGAGAGAGAGAGAGAGAGAGAGAGAGAGAGAGAACAGAUCCUCCAGCGCCAAAGCUCACCCGAGACCUCAAAUCGCAAACAGUCAACAAAACGGAUUUGGCUCAUUUCGAAGUUGUGGUUGAACAUGCUACAGAAAUCAAAUGGUUCUUGGAUGGAAAGGAAAUUACAACUGCUCAAGGCGUCACUGUUUCUAAAGAUGAUCAAUUCGAAUUCCGUUGUUCGAUUGAUACAACUGUUUUCGGAAGUGGAGUGGUUUCUGUUGUUGCAUUGAAUGCAUCUGGAUCAGUUGAGACAAAGACCGAUUUGAAGGUUUUGGAGACUCCGAAAGAAACAAAGAAACCAGAAUUCACUGAUAAACUUCGUGAUAUGGAAGUCACCAAGGGAGACACUGUCCAGAUGGAUGUGAUUGCACUCCACUCGCCAGAAUACAAAUGGUACCAAAAUGGAAAUCUUUUGGAAGACGGAAAGAAUGGCAUCACUAUUAAAAAUGAGGAGAACAAGUCAUCGCUCAUCAUUCCAAACGCUGAAGAUUCCGGAAAAAUCACAAUUGAAGCUUCAAACGAAGUCGGAACUUCUGAAUCGUCUGCGACAUUGACUGUAAAUCCACCAUCUACUACUCCAAUUGUUGUUGAUGGACCAAAAUCUGUUACUAUCAAGGAAACUGAAACCGCUGAAUUCAAGGCUACCAUCACUGGUUUCCCGGCUCCAAUUGUCAAAUGGACUAUCAACGAAAAGAUUGUAGAAGAAUCACCAACAGUUACCACAAUCAAAACUGAAGAUGUUUAUACUCUAAAGAUCUCAAAUGCAAAGAUUGAACAGACUGGAACUGUGAAGGUUACAGCUCAAAACUCUGCUGGACAAGACACCAAACAAGCUGAUCUCAAAGUCGAACCCAAUGUGGCUGCACCGAAGUUCAAGUCUCAACUCACCGACAGAACUGUCGACGAAGGAGAACCACUUCGUUGGAAUCUUGAAUUGGAUGGACCAUUCCAAGGAACAGAAGUCACUUGGCUUCUCAACGGGCAACCACUUACCAAAAGUGAUACUGUACAAGUGGUUGAUCAUGGAGAUGGAACGUAUCAUGUAACAAUUGCAGAAGCAAAGCCAGAUAUGUCUGGAACACUUACUGCCAAAGCGAAGAACGCAGCAGGAGAAUGCGAGUCAACUGCAAAGGUCACUGUAAAUGGAGCAAACAAGAAACCAGAAUUCAUCCAAGCUCCACAAAAUCACGAGACAAAUAUCGAAGAGAGUGUGAAGUUCAGUGCAAUUGUCACUGGAAAACCAAUGCCAAAUGUGUCGUGGUUCUUGAAUGACAAGAAAUUGAUUCAAAGUGAAGAAGUGAAAGUGAAGUACGUCCAUGAGACCGGGAAAACAUCCAUUCGAAUUCAUAAACCACUUAUGGAACACAACGGAACAAUCAGAGUAGAGGCAGUGAAUGUGGCUGGAAAGGUUGAAGCAACAGCUCAAUUGAAGGUUGACAGAAAGACUGAAGUUCCAAAAUUCACCACGAAUAUGGAUGACAGACAAGUGAAGGAAGGAGAUAACGUCAAGUUUACUGCGAAUGUGGAAGGGUAUCCAGAACCUUCUGUUGCCUGGACAUUGAAUGGAGAGCCAGUUGCCAAGCAUGCAAACAUCACUGUGACCGAUAAGGACGGAGAACAUACCAUCGAAAUCGCAGCUGUGACUCCAGAACAAGCCGGAGAGCUGUCUUGUGAAGCCACGAAUGCAGUUGGAUCCAAGAAGAGAGAUGUUCAAUUAGCGGUCAAGAAGGUCGGAGAAGCUCCAACGUUUGCUAAGAAUCUUGAAGAUCGACUGGUAACUGAGGGAGAACUCGCUCUUAUGGAUGCCAAGUUGAAUGCUGUCAAACCGAAACCAAAGAUCACUUGGCUCAAGGAUGGAGUUGAAAUCAAGUCUGAUGAUCACUACAAAUUGGUCGAAGAGGAAGAUGGAACUCUGAAGUUGAGCAUUCUGACCACCAAAUUGGAUGAUAAGGGAAGAAUCACAAUCAAGGCUGAAAGCGAAUUCGGACUUGCUGAAACUUCAGCUUCUCUUGGAGUUGUCAAGGGUCGUCCAAUGGCUAAACCAGCAUUCCAAAGCGAUAUCGCCCCAAUUAAUCUCACCGAAGGAGAUACUCUGGAAUGCAAACUUCUAAUAACUGGAGACCCAACUCCAUUCGUCAAAUGGUACAUCAAUGGACAACUUGUUUGUGCCACUGAAGAUACAGAAAUCUCGAAUGCAAAUGGAGUAUACACUAUGAAGAUUCAUGGUGUCACUUCUGAUAUGACAGGAAAAAUCAAGUGUGUCGCUUACAACAAAGCAGGAGAAGCAAGCAUUGAAGGACCACUCAAAGUGGUUGCUCCGAUCCCAGUUGAAUUCGAAACUUCCCUUUGCGAUGCCACGUGCAGAGAAGGGGAUACUCUCAAAUUGAAGGCUGUAUUGCUUGGAGAACCAGAACCAGUUGUAUCGUGGUACGUCAAUGGAAAGAAGUUGGAAGAAUCACAGAACAUCAAGAUUCAUUCUGAGAAAGGAACAUACACAGUCACUAUCAAAGAUAUCACUUGUGAUUACUCUGGACAAGUCGUCUGUGAAGCUAUCAACGAAUACGGAAAAGCAACUUCUGAAGCCACGCUACUCGUUCUUCCACGUGGAGAGCCACCAGAUUUCUUGGAAUGGCUGAGCAAUGUUCGUGCUCGCACUGGAACCAAGGUUGUUCACAAGGUUGUGUUCACUGGAGAUCCGAAACCAAGUCUUACCUGGUACAUUAACAAUAAAGAGAUUCUCAACUCGGAUCUUUACACAAUUGUUACUGAUGACAAGACUUCCACAUUGACAAUCAACAGCUUCAAUCCAGAUAUCCACGUUGGAGAGAUCAUUUGCAAAGCUGAAAAUGAUGCUGGAGAAGUGUCUUGCACUGCAAAUAUGAUCACUUACACUUCCGAUAUGUUCAGCGAAUCGGAGAGUGAAGCUCAAGCUGAAGAGUUUGUUGGAGAUGAUUUGACUGAAGACGAAAGCCUUCGCGAGGAAAUGCACCGUACUCCAACUCCAGUCAUGGCACCUAAAUUCAUCACAAAGAUCAAGGAUACGAAGGCCAAGAAGGGACAUUCUGCCGUUUUCGAAUGCGUUGUCCCAGAUACAAAGGGAGUGUGCUGCAAGUGGCUAAAGGACGGAAAAGAGAUUGAGCUGAUUGCCAGAAUUCGCGUUCAAACGAGAACUGGACCAGAAGGACACAUCACUCAAGAGCUUAUUCUUGAUAAUGUCACUCCUGAAGAUGCCGGAAAAUACACAUGCGUUGUUGAGAAUACUGCAGGAAAAGACACUUGCGAAGCAACAUUGACUGUUAUUGAGACUUUGGAGAAGAAGACGGACAACAAGGCUCCAGAAUUCAUUGUUGCUCUUCAGGAUAAGACCACGAAGACUUCUGAGAAGGUUGUUCUCGAGUGCAAAGUUGUUGGAGAGCCAAAGCCAAAAGUCAGCUGGCUUCAUGAUAAUAAGACCAUCACUCAAGAAUCCAUCAAAAUUGAAUCGGUGGAAGGAGUCGAGAGAGUAACAAUCACAUCAACUGAGCUCACUCAUCAAGGAAAAUACACUUGCAUUGCUGAGAAUUCCGAAGGAACUUCGAAGACUGAAGCAUUCUUGACUAUUCAAGGCGAAGCACCAGUGUUCACAAAGGAACUACAGAACAAGGAACUCUCGAUUGGAGAGAAAUUGAUACUUUCGUGCUCAGUCAAGGGAUCCCCACAACCGCAUGUUGAUUUUUAUUCGUUCUCUGAAACUACCAAAGUGGAGAAGAAGAUCACAUCUUCAAGCAGAAUUGCAAUUGAGCAUGACCAAGCGAAUACUCAUUGGAGAAUGGUUAUCAGUCAAACAACAAAAGAAGAUAUCGUAUCUUAUAAGGCUGUUGCCACCAACUCAAUCGGAACUGCUACCUCAACAUCCAAGGUCACUACUAAAGUUGAGGCUCCAGUAUUUGAGCAAGGAUUGAAGAAGACGUCUGUCAAAGAAAAAGAAGAGAUCAAGAUGGAAGUUAAAGUUGGUGGAAGUGCUCCAGAUGUUGAGUGGUUCAAGGAUGAUAAACCAGUCAGCGAGGAUGGAAAUCACGAGAUCAAAAAGAAUCCAGAGACUGGUGUAUUCACUUUGGUUGUCAAACAAGCUGAAACGACUGAUGCUGGAAAGUACACUGCCAAAGCUACGAAUCCAGCAGGAACUGCUGAAUCGACUGCUGAAGCCGAAGUCUCAAAAUCGCUUGAAAAACCAACGUUCGUUAAGGAGUUGGUUCAAACCGAAGUGAAGAUCAACGAGACUGCAACGUUGUCUGUGACUGUGAAAGGAGUUCCAGAGCCAAGUGUUGAGUGGCUUAAGGACGGACAACCAGUUCAAACUGAUUCCAGUCAUGUCAUCGCUAAAGUCGAAGGUUUUGGAAGCUAUUCAAUUACCAUUAACAACGCAAGAACUGAAGAUUCUGGUAAAUAUGCUUGUCGUGCUACCAAUCCUGCAGGAGAAGCCAAAACCGAGGCCAAUUUUGCCGUUGUCAAGGAUUUGGCUCCACCAGAAUUCGUUGAGAAGCUGUCACCAGUGGAGGUCAAGGAGAAGGAAUCGAUCACUUUGGCUGUGAAAGUUGUCGGAAAACCAGAGCCAGCUGUUGAAUGGUUCAAGGACGAUACUCCAAUCAACAUUGACAAUGUUCAUGUGAUCCAGAAACAGACUGCCGUUGGAAGCUUCUCCCUUACCAUCAACGACGCUAGGCAAGGAGAUGUUGGAAUUUAUUCGUGUCGUGCAAGAAACGAAGCUGGAGAAGCACUCACGACAGCCAACUUUGGAAUCAUCAGAGACUCGAUUCCUCCAGAAUUCACUCAGAAACUGCGUCCAUUGGAAGUCAGAGAGCAGGAGACUCUUGAUUUGAAGGUUACUGUCAUCGGAACUCCAGCUCCAAACGUUGAGUGGUUCAAGGAUGAUAAGCCAAUCAAUAUUGACAACGCUCACAUUUUUGCCAAGGACGAAGGAUCUGGACAUCACACCCUUACAAUCAAACAAGCCAGAGGAGAAGAUGUUGGAGUGUACACAUGCAAGGCAACAAACGAAGCUGGAGAAGCGAAGACAACUGCAAAUAUGGCUGUUCAGGAAGAAAUUGAAGCACCACUGUUUGUUCAAGGACUCAAACCAUAUGAAGUUGAACAAGGAAAACCAGUCGAACUGGAAGUUCGAGUUGAAGGAAAACCUGAGCCAGAAGUCAAAUGGUUUAAGGAUGGAGCUCCGAUUGCAAUUGAUAAUAAACACGUGAUUGAGAAAAAGGGAGAAAAUGGAUCUCAUACUCUCAUCAUCAAGGAUACCAAUUCUGCUGAUUUUGGAAAGUAUACCUGCCAAGCUACCAACAAAGCUGGUAAGGAUGAGACCAUCGGAGAACUCAAGGUUCCAAAGUAUUCGUUCGAAAAACAAACUGCGGAAGAAGUGAAACCAUUGUUCAUUGAACCGCUGAAGGAGACAUUCGCCAAUGAAGGAGAUACUGUUGUCCUUGAAUGUAAAGUCAACAAGGACUCUCAUCCACAAAUCAAAUUUUUCAAAAAUGAUCAACCAGUGGAGAUCGGACAACACAUGCAACUUGAAGUUCUCGAAGAUGGAAACAUCAAACUUACCAUCCAAAACGCCAAGAAGGAAGAUGUUGGAGCUUAUCGUUGUGAAGCGGUCAACGUUGCUGGAAAGGCUGAUACAAAGGCUGAUUUGAAGAUUCAAUUUGCUUCUAAAGUCGAAGAACAUAUCACUGACGAAAGUGGUCAACUUGAAGAGAUUGGACAGUUGGAGACUGUCGGAGAAACGGCUUCUUCCAAGACUGACACCGGACGCGGAGCCCCAGAAUUCGUUGAACUGCUUCGUUCUUGCACAGUCACAGAAAAGAGCCAAGUUGUUCUCAAAUGCAAGGUCAAGGGAGAACCACGUCCAAAAAUCAAGUGGACCAAGGAAGGAAAAGAAGUUGAGAUGUCUGCUCGUGUCCGUGCUGAACACAAGGAUGAUGGAACUCUCACGUUGACAUUUGACAAUGCGACUCAAGCUGAUGCUGGAGAAUACAGAUGUGAAGCUGAAAACGAGUACGGAAGUGCUUGGACCGAAGGACCAAUCAUCGUUACCUUAGAGGGAGCUCCAAAGAUUGAUGGAGAGGCUCCAGACUUCUUGCAACCAGUCAAACCAGCUGUUGUCACUGUUGGAGAAACUGCUGUUCUUGAAGGAAAGGUCUCCGGAAAACCAAAGCCAACUGUCAAGUGGUACAAGAAUGGAGAAGAGCUCAAGCCAUCCGAUAAGAUCAAGAUCGAAAAUUUGGAUGAUGGAACUCAAAAACUCUCUGUUCCGAAUGCUCAACUCAGUGAUAUGGAUGAGUACCGCUGUGAGGCUUCCAAUGAAUUCGGAGACGUAUGGAGUGACGUCACUCUUACUGUCAAAGAACCUUCUCAUAUUGCUCCUGGAUUCUUCAAAGAUCUCUCUGCUAUCCAAGUCAAGGAAACUGAAACUGCCAAGUUUGAAUGCAAGGUUUCCGGAACCAAGCCAGAUGUGAAGUGGUUCAAGGAUGGAUCCGAGCUGAAGGAAGAUAAGAGAAUCCACUUCGAAUCUACUGAAGAUGGAACUCAACGACUUGUCAUUGAAGAAUCCAAGACUGAAGACCAAGGAAACUACCGUAUCGAAGUAUCGAAUGAUGCUGGAGUUGCCAACAGCAAGGCUCCACUUACCGUCAUCCCAGCAGAGAUUCUGAAGAUCAAGAAGGGUCUUAAUGAUGUUUCUGUUACUCAAGGUAGCAAGAUUCUUCUUUCUGUUGAAGUUGAAGGAAAACCAAAGACUGUCAAAUGGUACAAAGGAUCUGAAACCGUCACCAGCUCUUCGACAACAAAGAUCACUCAGGUCACAGAGUCGGAAUACAAACUCGAAAUCGAGAGUGGAGAGCUUUCUGAUUCCGGCUCUUACCGUGUUGUUCUCUCUACUGAUUCUCUUUAUGUUGAAUCUUCUGCCACUGUCACUGUUUCCAAAGCGGCUGAAAAGAUCAGUCUUCCAUCAUUCAAGAAGGGACUUUCUGAUCAAUCAGUUCCAAAGGGUACCCCAUUGGUUUUGGAAGUAGAAAUCGAAGGAAAACCAAAGGAUGUGAAAUGGUACAAAAACGGAGACGAGAUCAAGGCCGGCAAAGUCGAAGAUCUCGGAAACGGAAAGUAUCGUCUCACUAUCCCAGAUUUCAAAGAAACUGAUGUUGGAGAGUACAGUGUCACUGCUGCAAACGAGGCAGGAGAAAUCGAAUCAAAGGCUAAAGUCAAUGUGAGCUCCAAACCAGAAAUUGUCUCUGGAUUGGUACCGACAACUGUUAAACAAGGUGAAACUGCCACGUUCAAUGUCAAGGUCAAGGGACCAGUCAAAGGAGUCAAAUGGUACAAAAAUGGAAAAGAAAUCCCUGAUGCCAAGACCAAGGACAAUGGAGACGGAUCCUAUUCACUCGAGAUUCCAAACGCCCAAGUUGACGAUGGAGCUGACUACAAGGUUGUUGUUUCCAACGAUGCUGGAGAUGCCGAUUCUUCUGCUGCACUUACUGUCAAAUUAGCUGAAGAUGGAAAGGAUAAGGUGAAGCCAGAAAUUGUGUCUGGAUUGGUACCAACAACUGUGAAACAAGGAGACACUGCUACAUUCAAUGUGAAGGCCAAGGGACCAGUCAAACAAGUAAAAUGGUACAAGAAUGGAAAAGAGAUCCCAGAUGCCAAGUCCAAAGACAAUGGAGAUGGAUCGUAUUCUCUCGAAAUUCCUAAUGCUCAGCUAGAUGACACUGCUGAUUACAAGGUUGUGUUGUCAAAUGAUGCUGGAGAUGCUGAUUCUUCUGCUGCCCUUACCGUCAAACUUCCUGGAAUCGAGAUUGUCAAGGGACUUGAAGACACUGAAGUUCCAAAAGGAAAGAAGGUUGUCCUCGAAGUGGAAACCAACAAGAAACCAAAGGAAGUCAAAUGGUACAAGAAUGGAAAGGAGAUCACACCAAACAACAAAGCCGAGGCCGGAAGCGAUGGAGACAAGAAGUCACAGUUGGUUAUUCCAGAUGCUGGAGAUGAUGAUGCUGCUGAAUACAAGGUUGUGUUGACUGAUGACGAUGGAAACACAGCUGAGUCAUUCUGCGCAUUGACUGUCAAACUGCCAGCAGAAGAGCCAAAGAUUAUCAAGGGACUCGAAGAUCAAGUGGUUCCUAUCGGAUCUCCAAUCAAAUUGGAAAUCGAAACAUCUGGAUCUCCAAAGACCGUCAAAUGGUGCAAGAAUGGAAAGGAAUUGUCUGGUGCUGCUGCCAAAAACAUCAAGAUUUCGAAGAUCGAUGACAACAAAUAUAUUCUCGAAAUUCCAUCCAGCGUUGUUGAAGAUACUGGAGACUACAAGGUCGAAGUCGCCAACGAAGCUGGAUCUGCAAACAGCAAUGGAAAGAUCACUGUGGAACCAAAGAUUACAUUCAUGAAACCUUUGAAGGAUCAAACAAUCACCGAGGGAGAGAACGCCGAGUUUGCAGUGGAAACAAACACAAAGCCAAGAACUGUCAAAUGGUACAAGAACGGACAAGAGAUCAAACCAGAUUCGAGAUUUGUCAUUGAACAGAAAUCUGAUACAAAGUACCAAUUAGUCAUCAAGAAUGCAGUUCGAGAUGAUGCUGCCACUUACAAGGUUGUCAUGGAGAACACUGCUGGAGAGGCUGACUCGUCAGCUCAAUUGACUGUCAAGAAGGCUAAGGCUGGGCUCUGCAAGAUUGUCAAGGGACUUGAAGAUCAAGUUGUUGCCAAGGGAGCUAAAAUGGUAUUCGAAGUCAAGAUUCAAGGAGAACCAGAAGACGUUAGAUGGCUUCGAGAUGCGAAUGUUAUCAGUGCCGGAACAAAUGCAAUCAUUGAGAAGAUGGAUGACACCACUCACAGACUCACGAUCCCAUCUGCUGAUUUAAAGGAUGCUGGAGAGUACACUGUUGAAGUGAUCAAUGAAAGUGGAAAGGCUAAGAGUGAUGCUAAAGGAGAAGUUGACGAGAAACCAGAAAUCGUUCGUGGAUUAGAGAACAUUGAUAUCCCAGAAGGAGAUGAUGACAUAUUCAAGGUGGAAGUCAGUGCUCCAGUUCGUCAAGUGAAAUGGUACAAGAACGGACAGGAGAUCAAACCAAACAGUCAUUUGGAAGCUAAGAAGAUCGGACCAAAGAAAUACGAACUCGCCAUCAACAGAGCUCAAUUGGACGAUGGCGCAGAUUACAAGGUUGUGCUUUCAAAUGCAGCUGGAGACUGUGAUUCUUCCGCUGCUCUCACUGUUGUCAAACCAAAUGUACUGAAGAUCGUUGAUGGAUUGAAGGAUGUUGAUGUUGAGGAACCACAACCAGUUGAACUUAAGGUCAAGGUUGAAGGAAUUCCAAAGGUUGUGAAAUGGUACAAGAAUGGGCAAGAAUUGAAGCCAGAUUCUGACGGAUUCAAAUUUGAAGAGAAACCAGAAUCUGGAGAGUUCUCUCUUCUUAUUCCAUCUUCGAAGAAAUCCGAUGGAGGUGCAUACCGUGUUGUUCUUGGUAACGAUAAGGGAGAGGUGUACAGUGGAUCCGUGGUCCAUGUGAAAGCAGCCAAACCAGCAGACGCUACCUCUGGAGCCAACUUCUUAUCUCCACUCAAAGACACCGAAGUGGAGGAGGGAGAUAUGCUCACUCUUCAAUGCACAGUUGCCGGAGAACCAUUCCCAGAAAUCAUUUGGGAGAAGGACGGAGUUGUUCUUCAAAAGGAUGAUAGAAUCACAAUGAGAACUGCUCUUGAUGGAACUGUUACUUUGAGAAUCCGUUCUGCCAAGAAGAGUGAUAUUGGACAAUACCGCGUCACAGCUAAGAACGAGGCUGGAAGUGCUUCCAGUGAUAGUAAGGUGACCGUCACAGAACAAGGAGAACAACCAUCAAAACCAAAGUUCGUGAUUCCAUUGAGAUCUGGAGUUGCUCUUCCAGGAGACAAAAAGGAAUUCAAUGUCAAGGUUCGUGGACUUCCAAAACCAACCCUCAAAUGGAUCUUGAAUGGAAAACCAAUCACUUUCGAUGACCGUGUUACUCUUGAUGAUAUGGCUGAUGGUAACUAUUGUUUGACCAUCCGGGAUGUCCGUGAAGAAGACUUUGGAACUCUCAAGUGCAUUGCUACCAACGAAAAUGGAACAGAUGAAACUGUCUGCGAGUUCUCGCAAGGGCAGGAUCACGAAGGUGGAAUGAGAGACGAUCUUCGUUACCCACCAAGAUUCAAUGUUCCACUUUGGGAUCGAAGAAUUCCAGUUGGAGAUCCAAUGUUCAUUGAGUGCCACGUUGAUGCCAAUCCAACUGCUGAAAUUCAAUGGUUCAAGGAUGGAAAGAAAAUCGAGUACACUGCUCACACCGAAAUCAGAAACACUGUGGAUGGCGCAUGCCGUAUCAAGAUUUCGCCAUUCGAAGAAUCCGACAUCGGAGUGUAUAUGUGUGUUGCUACUAAUGAGUUGGGACAAGCUGAGACUCAAGCCACCUAUCAAGUUGAAAUUCUCGAGCACACUGAGGAAGAGAAGAAGAAGGAGUACGCUCCAAGAAUCAAUCCACCAUUGGAAGAUAAGACAGUGAAUGGAGGUCAAUCAAUCAGGCUAUCCUGCAAGGUCGAUGCCGUCCCAAGAGCCUCAGUUGUCUGGUACAAGGAUGGUCUUCCAAUCAGAGCCGACUCCAGAAUUUCGGUUCAAUAUGAAGAAGAUGGAACUGCUUCUCUUGCCAUCAAUGAAAGCACUGAAGCCGAUAUUGGAGCUUAUCGUUGUGUUGCAACUAAUGCUCAUGGAACAAUCAAUACCAGUUGCAGUGUGAAUGUGAAGGUUCCAAAACAAGAAGUGAAGAAAGAAGGAGAAGAACCAUUCUUCACAAAAGGUCUUGUUGAUUUAUGGACUGAUCGUGGAGAGACAUUUACCCUUAAAUGUGCAGUUACUGGAGAUCCAUUCCCAGAAAUCAAGUGGUACAGAAAUGGACAACUCGUCAGAACUGGACCACGAACGAUUGUGGAGAACUCUCCAGAUGGUACAUGCUCUCUGACUGUCAAGGAAUCUACAAUGAGCGAUGAAGGAAUCUACAGGUGUGAAGCAGAAAAUGCUCACGGAAAGGCCAAGACUCAAGCGACCGCUCAUGUUCAAAUGGCUCUUGGAAAAACCGAAAAGCCAAAGAUGGACGAAGGAAAACCACCAAAGUUCAUUUUGGAACUCUCCGAUAUGUCAGUUUCACUUGGAAAUGUUAUUGAUUUGGAAUGCAAAGUCACUGGUCUUCCAAACCCCUCUGUCAAAUGGUCAAAGGAUGGAGGACCACUGAUUGAGGAUUCGAGAUUCGAAUGGUCCAAUGAGCCAGCGAAAGGAGUGUAUCAACUCAGAAUCAAGAACGCCACUGUCCACGACGAGGGAACCUAUCGUUGUGUUGCUACAAAUGAGAAUGGAAGUGCUACUACCAAAUCUUUUGUUCGCAUGGAUGAUGGUCUUGGAUCAGGAGUUGUGACUGCCAGCCAACCACCGAGAUUCACAUUGAAGAUGGGAGAUGUGAGAACAACAGAAGGACAACCAUUGAAAUUGGAAUGCAAGGUCGAUGCUUCCCCACUUCCAGAGAUGACUUGGUACAAGGAUGGAGCUAUUGUCACUCCAUCGGACAGAAUUCAAAUCAGUCUGUCGCCAGAUGGAAUUGCCACUCUUCUCAUCCCAUCUUGUGUUUAUGAUGACGAUGGAAUCUACCGUGUUAUUGCCACGAAUCCAUCUGGAACUGCUCAAGACAAGGGAACUGCCACAGUCAAGAAACUUCCAAGAGACAGUGGAGCAAGACGAUCUGCUGAGAGAGAUGUCUUUGAUGCCAACAAGGCACCAAAACUUAUGGAACCACUUGAGAACAUCAGAAUUCCGGAGAAGCAGGCAUUCCGUCUUCGCUGCAAGUUCAGUGGAGAUCCAAAGCCAACAAUCAAAUGGUUCAAGGAUGGAGAACGCGUCUUCCCAUACGGACGUCUUCAACUCAUCGAAUCACCAGAUGGUGUCUGCGAAUUGGUUGUUGAUUCUGCCACUCGUCAAGAUGCAGGAGGAUACAGAUGCGUUGCUGAGAAUACAUAUGGAUCAGCUAGAACAUCAUGUGAUGUCAAUGUUAUCCGCGGUGAUCGCAAACCACGCGACAUCGACUCUUCAAUUCGUGAAGGAAAGGCUCCAGGAUUCACCAUUCCGUUGACAAUCCGUCGUGCCAAACCAGGAGAGUCUGUCACUUUCGAAUGUCUACCAUUCGGAAACCCAUUCCCAGCAAUCAAAUGGUUGAAGGAUGGUCUAGAACUGUUUGCUGAUGAGAAGAUCAAGAUGGAAGCAGCUGCUGAUGGAACACAGCGUCUCAUCAUUUCUGAUGUCACUUUCUUGAGUGAAGGAUACUUCAGAUGUGUGGCCACGAAUGAACACGGAACGGCUUCUACAAAGGCUGAACUUGUGAUUGAAGGAGACCGUACAAUUGGAUCCCGCUCACUUCCAGAAGGAAACGGAGAACCAGAAGAAUGCAAACCAAGAAUUCGUCGUGGAUUGUACAACAUGAGCAUUCAUGAGGGAAAUGUUGUCGAAAUGAUUGUUUGUGCUACUGGAAUCCCAACUCCAACGGUGAAAUGGUACAAGGAUGGAAAAGAAAUCAUUGGAGAUGGUCCAGAUGGAAAACGAGUCAUCUUCACUGAUGAAAGAGGAAUCCAUCAUUUGGUUAUUGUCAAUGCCAGCCCAGAAGACGAAGGAGACUAUUCUCUUGAAGCUACUAACAAAUUGGGAUCAGCCAGAACCGAAGGAUCUUUGAAUAUCAUCAGACCAAGACAUGUUGCUGAUGCUGAUGAUAGAGGAGGUAUGCCAUUCCCACCAGGUUUCGUUCGUCAACUGAAGAACAAACACGUCUUCAACCACAUGCCAACUAUCUUCGAUUGUCUCGUUGUUGGACAUCCAGCGCCAGAAGUAGAAUGGUUCCAUAAUGGAAAGAAGAUUGUUCCAGGAGGAAGAAUCAAGAUUCAGUUUUGUGGAGGAGGAUCCCACGCUCUCAUCAUUCUCGAUACCACUCUUGAGGAUGCAGGAGAAUACGUGGCAACUGCUAAGAACUCCCAUGGGUCUGCCAGUUCAUCCGCUGUUCUUGAUGUGACUGUUCCAUUCCUCGACAACAUCAAAUUCAACGGAGAGAUCGAUGUAACUCCAUAUCUCACCGAAGAGUAUGGAUUCAAGAAACUCAACACAGCCAGCCUUCCAACACCACCAGAUCGUGGACCAUUCAUCAAGGAGGUCACCGGACAUUAUCUUACUCUGUCAUGGAUCCCAACCAAGAGAGCACCACCACGUUAUCCACAAGUCACUUAUGUCAUUGAGAUUCGAGAACUUCCAGAGAAGGAAUGGACUCUUUUGGACUACAAUAUCCCGGAGCCAGUGUGCAAAGUCAGGAAUUUGGAACUCGGAAAGUCAUACCAAUUCCGUGUUCGUGCCGAGAACAUCUACGGAAUUUCGGAUCCAUCCCCGGCUUCUCCACCAUCAAGACUAAUGGCUCCACCACAACCAGUGUUCGAUAAGAGAACCAACAAAGUCAUUCCACUUCUCGACCCAUAUGCAGAGAGAGCUCUCGACUUGAAAUAUUCUGAACAAUAUGCGUGUGCCCCAUGGUUUGCUCCAGGAGUCGUCGAGAAACGAUACUGCGCCGAAAAUGACACUCUUACGCUCAUUCUGAAUGUCUCUGGAUUCCCAGAUCCAGACAUCAAAUGGAAGUUCAGAGGAUGGGACAUUGAUACGUCCUCGCCAACAUCAAAGUGUAAAGUCUACACUUACGGAGGAACUGAAACCACUCUUGCCAUCACUGGAUUCAGCAAGGAGAACGUUGGACAAUAUCAGUGCUUCGCUAAGAAUGAAUACGGAGACGCUCAACAGAACAUUUUGGUGGAUCUUGCCACACGACCAAAUUUCAUCCAGCCACUCGUAAAUAAGACUUUCUCAUCGGCUCAACCAAUGAGAUUAGACGUCAGAGUGGAAGGAGAACCAUUCCCAGAACUGAAAUGGAUGAAGGAAUGGCGUCCAAUUGUUGAAUCCUCACGUAUCAAGUUCGUUCAAGAUGGACCUUUCUUGUGCUCUCUGAUCAUCAAUGACCCAAUGUGGAGAGAUUCUGGAAUCUAUUCCUGUGUAGCUAUCAAUGACGCCGGACAAGCAACUACUUCGUGUACUGUUACUGUUGAAGGUAGGUUUGAU